AUGCCAUUGCGACUCACCUCAGCCCCCGUCUCGGGAAUCAAGAAACGCAAGUCCACAACCACCCGCGCACGCUCCUCCCCCUUCGCCGCUCAUCCGCGCAAGAAACCCCGCUCCAAAGAUGCCUCCACCAUCGAAGAUGAAGACUUCGACCUCCCCGACCUAGGCCUCUCCCAACACAUCCCCUCCACAACCCCCGCGACAACCGUCCUCGAAGCCAUCCACCACAUCCGCAGCACAAUGUUCGAAGAUCUCCCCGCAACCCGCACGGGGAUGAACAGCACCCGUAUUGCGGAGGUGUUAAAUUUCAGACGCUCGCUGCCGCCGCUGGUUUCUGUGGCGCAUGUGCAUACGUUGCUUGAUGCGCCGACGAGGACGGAGCGGGAGAUCAUGGAGUUGGUGACGACGGGGAGGGUGCGGAGGUUGAUCGUUCCUGGGCGGGGCAAUGAUGCAGCGGGGUUGGGGGAUUGUCUUGUGCUUAGGGAGGAGUGGGAGGGGUUGGUUAGGAGUAGCAGUCUGGAGGAGGAUUUUAAGGAGAAAUUCCUCACCGUCCUCAACCGCAUCGGUACAUCCUCCGCCAUCGCCCCCGGCGUCUUCACCCCGAACGAAUACCAAUCAUUAGUCCGCGCCGGAUUCCUCGUCUCCUCAUCAUCCUUAGCCAAAGGCUCCUUGAGCGUAGCAUCCCUCCCAGACCUCCCCCCAUCCUCCACCUUCACACCCGCCAGUCGAGCCGACACCCAAAACCCAGAUCAUACCAUCCCCAAUAAUGGUGAAAGAAACCGCUUCCACACAGCAACCCUCUUCCUCUCCCUCCCCAACACAGGCCCCUACCUCCGCCUCCUCAGCACCAGCCGCGCCCACCUCCUCACCCUCCUGAAGAAAUCCACCCACCGCGAAGCACCCCUCUACCUCCUCCGCGACCGCUGGGACGGCGCCGUGGAAACGGACAAGAGUUUCCAUGCCGCGAAGCGCGCGAGGGGCGAGUUUGCGGGGAUUCUGCCGGGGCGGACGAGGAAGUGGAAGGAGUUGUAUGGGAUGGGGUUUCGGUGGGUGCUUGAGGAGGCGGUUGGAGCUGGGUUGGUGGAGAUUUUUGAGACGGGGAGUGUUGGGCCGGGGAUGCGUUGUUUAUAA